GUGGUUUUUAUAUUAUUUUCCAAACCAGCAUCUUUCUUCCUUUUUCAACAAUCCUGUGUGCUGAAUCUCAUACAUUUCUUCUUCUGUCCUCUCACACUCAGACCACAUUAAUACCCUCAACUCAAUUUCUCAACUUCAUUCUCCACUUCUUUCUCUAACCAUACUCACACACUCACACUUCACACCACAAUCAUCAUGCACAAAAGCAGUUCCGGUUCACUAGGCCCAGACGGCCUCGACCUAACCCAAUCCUUCUUCAAACCCAUCUCCAACGCAUCCCCUCCCUCUCUCACCAAACGCCACACCAAAAUCUCCGUCAUCGGCGCCGGAAAUGUCGGAAUGGCCAUCGCUCAGACCAUCCUCACUCAAGACCUCACCGACGAGCUCGUCAUCGUCGACAACAAACCCGACAAGCUUCGCGGCGAGAUGCUCGACCUUCAGCACGCAGCUGCUUUCCUCCCCCGCGUCAAGAUCAACUCCUCCGUCGAAUACUCCGUCACCGCCGGCUCUGAUCUGUGCAUCGUUACCGCCGGUGCACGACAGAUCGCCGGUGAGUCUAGGCUUAACCUUCUCCAGAGAAACCUCGCUCUCUUCAAAGGAAUCAUACCCGUUCUGGCUCGUUUCUCGCCGGAAACGGUUCUUAUAAUCGUGUCUAACCCCGUUGAUGUUCUCACCUACAUCGCGUGGAAGCUUUCCGGGUUUCCGUCGAACCGGAUCAUCGGGUCGGGUACCAAUCUGGAUUCUUCCCGCUUUCGUUUUCUCAUUGCUGAUCACCUCCAGGUCAACGCUCAGGAUGUUCAGGCAAGCAUAGUGGGGGAGCAUGGGGACAGUUCAGUGGCAUUAUGGUCAAGUAUUAGCGUUGGGGGAGUUCCUGUGCUGAGUUUUUUGGAGAAACAACAAAUUGCUUAUGAGAAAGAAACGCUGGAGAAUAUACACAAGCAAGUGAUUGACAGUGCUUAUGAGGUGAUUAGUCUAAAAGGUUAUACUUCAUGGGCUAUUGGGUAUUCUGUGGCUAGUUUGGCUCGGUCGAUAAUUAGGGAUCAAAGGAAGAUCCAUCCUGUGUCUGUUUUGGCUAAGGGGUUUUAUGGCAUUGGUGAUGUUGAAGUGUUUUUGAGUUUGCCUGCACAGCUUGGGAGAGGAGGGGUACUUGGUGUGACCAAUGUGCAUAUGAAUCAAGAGGAGGAACAGAGGCUUAGGGACUCUGCUAAAACCAUCUUAGAGGUUCAGACUCAGUUGGGUAUUUGAAUGGGUGGUUUAUUUACAUUUUUCAUGGUUUUCUUCCACUGCAACUCUGCAAGUGUUUUUGUUUACUACUUGCUUGUAUCCAAAAUGUUGGCCAGACUCAGAUCUUGUGAUAGGUUGUGUAAUAGGUGUACUAUGUAAUAUUUACAUCAACCACUCAAAUUAUCAACUUUUCUAUA